AUGUCAACAUCAACGCAGCAUCAGUUCCGAUACACUCAAACCCCUUCCAAGGUUCUUCACCUUCGCAACCUUCCAUGGGAGUGUUCAGAAGAAGAACUCGUUGAACUUUGUAGUCCCUUCGGUAGGAUCGUCAACACCAAAUGUAAUGUCGGUGCGAAUCGCAAUCAGGCCUUUGUUGAAUUCGUGGAUCAAAAUCAAGCAAUUUCAAUGGUUUCAUAUUAUGCUUCAUCUUCAGAGCCCGCUCAUGUUCGUGGUAAAACUGUUUAUAUACAGUAUUCCAAUAGACACGAAAUUGUCAACAAUAAAAGCCCUGGAGAUAUUCCUGGAAAUGUCUUGUUGGUAACUAUUGAAGGCGUGGAAGCCGGGGAUGUGAGCAUUGAUGUUAUCCACUUGGUGUUUUCUGCUUUUGGCUUUGUUCACAAAAUUGCUACAUUUGAAAAGACAGCAGGUUUCCAGGCUCUGAUUCAGUUCACUGAUGCUGAGACUGCUGCUUCAGCUAGGGAUGCACUGGAUGGAAGAAGCAUACCAAGAUACCUGCUUCCAGAUCACGUUGGUUCUUGUAAUUUGCGUAUUUCAUACUCGGCACAUAAAGAUCUGAAUAUCAAAUUUCAAUCAAAUCGCAGCAGGGACUAUACAAAUCCUAUGCUUCCUGUUAACCAUAGUGCUAUUGAGGGGGCAGUGCAGCCUACUAUAGGUCCUGAUGGGAAGAGGAUAGAACCAGAGAGCAAUGUACUUUUGGCUUCCAUUGAAAAUAUGCAGUAUGCUGUUACUGUUGAAGUAAUCAACACGGUGUUCUCUGCAUUUGGUACUGUCCAGAAAAUUGCUAUGUUCGAAAAGAAUGGUCAAACUCAGGCACUAGUUCAGUACCCUGACGUUACAGCAGCAGCAGCUGCUAGAGAAGCUUUAGAGGGGCAUUGCAUUUAUGAUGGUGGCUAUUGUAAGCUUCAUCUAUCAUACUCUCGUCAUACUGAUCUCAAUGUAAAGGCUUUCAGUGACAAAAGUAGAGACUAUACAGUGCCACAUCCUAGUAUGCUUGCGGCACAAGGUCCACCAACAGUAUGGCAUAAUCCUCAGGCUGCCCCCAUGUACCAUACCAGUUCUCCUGGUUUUCAAACUCAAGUGCCUGGAGGACAAGGGCCGUCAUGGGAUCUAACUCAGCAUGCAGUUAGACCGGGUUAUUUAUCUGUUCCCGGUGCUUAUCCUGUUCAAACUGCUCCUUAUCCUACUAUGCCUGCCUAUAUGUCCGCAGCUAUGCCUUCCGCUUCUUCACCUCAUGCUCAAAGCAGCCAUCCCGGGGCUCCACACAAUGUAAAUGCACAGCCUAGUGGUGGUUUAACUUCCAGUCCUGGUUCGCCUUUCAUGGUUCGGCCUGGGGCUCCGCCAAAUGUGAGACCUGGUGGUGCUUCACCUUCAGGUCAGCAUUAUUAUGGUUAG